AUGUCGACCACAACCACUCAGAAAACCUCGACCUCCACCACCCUCUCCGGGGUUCAAGACGCCUCCUAUGUCCCACGAGGACCGGUCAGCACACAGCUGAACUUCUUCAAGGAACCAGCUGAUGGGUCCAAGCCACACAACUACGUCGAGGAACCACCUGAAGGCCAACCGCAGCGCAACUUCGGCGAGGACGCGGUGGAGGUGCAGAUGAAUGACAUUCGGGGAAGAGAACGCGACUUCAACUUGGACAAGGACGCUUUCGAGGCUAUACAAGGGGUGCCAUCAGAAGAGACGGAGUUCGUGGACGAUGAACACAUCAAGAAAGUGUAUUACCCGGAGGUGGAGAAGUUGUUGUUAGACAACGUUCCGGGCGCCCAUAAAGUCACCAUUUUUGACCACACCAUCCGCCGGUCCAAUCCCGACGCCCCUCGCGCUCCCGUCACCAGAGUUCAUGUCGAUCAAACAGGCCGAUCAACCGAGUGGCGGGUGAAGUUACAUGACCCCGAGGAGGCCGAGGAUUUACUCAAGGGCCGCUAUCGCAUCAUCAAUGUCUGGCGACCUAUCAACGGAGUCGUCCAGGCCCAUCCUCUCGGGUUCGCCUCUGCUGACACUGUCGACGACGAAGAUCUGGUCCCUGUCGAGCACCGCUACCCUCAUCGCACGGGUGAGACCGCCGCAGUGAGGUACAACAAGAGGCAGCAGUAUUACUACUGGUCUGGAAUGGAUAACGACGAAAGACUGCUUCUCAAGUGCUACGACAAUCAGGAAGGAGUCGGCCAACGGGUACCUCAUACGGCCUUUGUUGAUCCUAGAACGCCCCCUGGCGCCAAAGGCCGGGAGAGCAUCGAGGUGCGAGCGUUGGUGUAUGGCUAG